CACUUUAUUUGGAUUACAGAGAUAACCCGGAAGUUGAUGUGCGGCGCGUUCAAUGUAGCGCAAGCGACAACAACCACGCCACGCCGAAAGUAACGAAGUUUGUCUUGUUAAACCUACGAACACAAAGAAAGCCAUGAUUAUCCCGGUGCGGUGUUUCACGUGCGGGAAAAUAGUGGGCAACAAAUGGGAGGCCUAUUUGGGUCUACUCCAAGCUGAAUACACAGAGGGUGACGCCCUCGAUGCGCUUGGACUGAAGAGAUAUUGCUGUCGAAGAAUGCUGUUGUCUCAUGUGGACCUCAUUGAGAAGCUGUUGAACUACGCGCCCCUUGAAAAAUAGUCUGCCUUGCCUAAAGGAUGGAUUUGCAGCCUUGUACAGUGGAUUGUCCGUUUCAGUACCUCUCCCCAGUUUGUUUCUGCGUGUUAUUUUUUAAUAAAAUGAAUUAAUUGUACUUC